AGCAGGGAGAGCAGAAACACACCUACCAGCAGCAGGGAGAGCAGCGAUCUUGACACCACUCUGUGCAGCACGAAGCCCACUACGACUACCACUACCACUACUACUACGACUCUUACCACUAGGGGCAGCAGCGUGGCAUCGCGUGUGAAGCACUGGCUGUGGCGAAUGCACAUUGCUCUCGUUGCGGCUAGCUCCCUGAUAAUAUGGGAGGCUGCGCUUCUCUUGAACGCGGGAUAUUCCUCGGCUGGAGGCUUUUGUCUGUCAAUAAUUGCCGGAGGUGCUGCUGUUGCCAGCACCUGCUGCAGCAGCGUCUUUCCUGCGGGAGCAGCCGUAUGCGAGAGAUUCCACGCUGCAGUAAAGCAGCAGCAGCAGCAGCUCCAGCAAGACAGGGCAGCACGCGCUGCCGCUAUCUCUCAGCUCUGGGCAAGAGCAGCUCUCACCGUGGGUUGCUUACGUCCCCGUGUAUCGGGGGUAGAAAAUGCCUUGUUCGUGAGGAGCCGUCAUGGAGGGCCUUGUCUGGUGGUUUGCAAUCAUUGCGGUUUGAUCGACAUCCCCCUUACUGGAGGCUUUCUGCCGCUGCAACACAUUCGCUUCGUGUCGAAGCAGGAAGUGCUGCGCUGGCCAGUCAUAGGGCGUGCAAUGCGCGAAAUUGGAGUUGUAGGCUUCGACAGAAACUCAGUGGCGGGAACGGUACGACUUGUUCGGGAGAUGUCUCAGGUUGUGAAGGAAUACACGCGAGGAAACCUGCAGAAAAAGACACCCCCAGUGUUUCUCGGAUUUCCUGAGGGCAGCAGAGCAAGGGACGGCCGUGUAAAGUCUCCCAAGCUUGGCUUAUUCCAAAUCGCCAAAAAGCUGGGGCUUUUGUUGUUACCAGUUUCCAUAGUCGGCGCUCACAAGUUGCAACCCGUGGGAGAGCUUCUCCCCAUACCGCUAGACUCUCCCGUAGAGCUUCACAUCCAUCCCUCCGUAGACCCCCGCUUCAAGACAGUGGAGGAAGCGGCGCGAGAAACGUGGGAGGCGAUAAUUCGUGGCCUUCCCGCAGAGCAAAGGCCCCUAGGCCGCAUCCAAAUCUGA